AUGAUUGUUCCAGCUUUUUGUGUCCUGAUUUCUUGCGUGCUGGGCAAUGUGAUUCAGAUACCCGUCGAUGUGGUGGACAAUGGCCCAGCGAUGGACUCAGAGGAAGGUGGGUUUUGUCAUAGGGUCGUUUUUUUUCUAUGCCUGGGGAAAAUUUUUCUGACCGUCUUUGACAGUUUUGUGAGGAAAAAACAUAUUUUUUUCGGAAAAAAGCGUGUGUUUUUUGCACAGCAGAAACAACUUUUUUCUUCGUGCGGCUACCGCUGGCACAAUGACUUUUUCGCACAGUGCGUCGCCAAAAUCACUUCAGCAACCUUGCGAACGGACUAGUCGACAAAAAGCGACUAAUGAGGUCUCAGUGAGGGCAGAAAUGUGAUGUAGCGAAAUCAUUGAAUUCCUAGCUUUGUAAAAUAAUAUCAGUUUGUCGGGAAAAGAAUGAAAACAGUGUCACUGCGCCGAUCGCGUCGCUGACACGGGGGGCAACUUGAUUUUGCCGCGACAAAGUUCAUUUUCUCGGCAAUGCCAUUUUCUAUGCGGCUGCUCAUUAUUUUCCCGACGGACUGCUGAAAUUAUAUAUCGUUCUUCAGACAGACUGCAGAACCUGGGGCUGUUUUAUCAACGCUCCAUCAACAACACGCGCUUCCGAUACCUCCAACUGUAUAAUCCAACGCAAUUUCUGUUCUCCUACCAAGACACCAUUUACACCGGUAAGCCAUUGCUUAUGACCUCUUUUUCGAAGCGCUAGACCUUCCGUUACAGGCACUGUGUACGUGGGAACACCGCCUCAACGAUUCUCGGUGGUCCUCGACACGGGCUCGUCCAACUUCUGGGUUCCCGACACCUCCUGCACCGGCGACGCGUGCAAGAAGAAGCGCCGCUUCAACAGCCUCGCCUCCUCAACCUACCAGUCCACCAACAAGAGAUGGGAUAUUAAAUACGGCACCGGGGACGCGAACGGCUUUGGAGCCAAGGAAACUGUGGGAUUCGGCGGGAAUUUCUCGGUUUUAAAGGCUGAUGUUGGACUGGCGACCCGAAUUUCCGAUUUUUUCAAAAACAAACCGCUUGAUGGCAUCUUGGGGUUGGCGUUUCCGCGGCUGAACAAGCACGGAACGCCCGUCUUUUUGUCCGCAUAUCAGCAAAAGUUGAUUGACAAGAAGAUUUUCACCGUAUGGAUGCAUGCGGUUUCGGUCAGAUCUAACGUAGGUUUCACUUCUACGGCUUAUGUCAGUCUGUCGGGAAAAUAAUGAGCGCACUGUUGCUGCGCCAAUCGCUUCGCCGAAGUGAAAAGCGGUUUGAUUUUGCCGCGAAAAAAUUAAUUUUUUUCGGCGGCGAUGCGAUUUUCGAUGCGACAGAGGGCUGAUUAUUUUCCCGACAGACUUUUACUUACUCGCGGAAAAAAGGACUGGGGACUCUCUUGGCGCGAGUAUGCAGUGGAGGACCAGAUCCAGUGGCAAAAAACGUACAAUUUUGCAUUCGGGAAGUAUCAAAAAUGUGGUAAAAUGCUUCCCUCUAUAAGUGAAAAAACUGCGUUUUGAAGGGCGCCCUGUUUCCUCAAAAAAAAAGCGGGCGCGCUUAUGAAAUCUGAGUUUUUUCAAUUGGAGAAGGAAGUAUCUUGCCACAUUUUUUGAUGCUUCCUGGAUGCAAAAUUGUACGUUUUUUGCCACUGGAUCAGGUCCCUACUGUACAUAUGAAAGGUAACCGUGACAGUUUUAGGGCAGGAUUGGCGGUCAAAUCACAUACGGAGGGAUUGAUGAGACGAAUUGCAAUGAUACGAUCCGCUAUAUCCCCAUGCUUGAUCUGACUUAUUGGAUCUUCAGGACAACCAAAUUCUUUGUUGACAACAAGGAGAUUUCCGGAUCCUGGAAGGCGAUCUCGGACACCGGCACCUCUCUAAAUCACUUCCCCGAAAAGAUUUACAAUCUUAUUCUCAGCGAGAUAGGAGCAAAAUAUGUAGGUUCGAUUUUGAGUCGCUGCGUCUGGGCAGAAUCUUAUGUUAGGAAAAAAUAUUUUGUGAUUUUGAGCGGAAAAUAAUCGGUAGCUUUUAUUACUCCGUCGGAAAAAUAGUGAGCGCUCUUUCGCAUCAAAAGUCGCAUCGCCGCCGUGAAAAUGAAUCGUGUCGCUGCAAAAUAUUGCCUUUAAAUUGCCUUUUCUUUCUGCGACGCGCCUGGCGCAGCGACAUUGCUCUCAUUAUUUUUCCGACAGUCAGACGACAAGCCCCAAAAGUGAUUUCUUAAAUUGUCAAGAAUAAUUGUUUUUGAAAACAAGAUUUUAAACCGAAUUUUCGCGUCCCAAAUUUUCGGCUUGACGACUGUCCGGGUCAACACAAAAUCGAUUGAUACGAGGCGUAGAGCAGGUGGAUACCCAAAAAAAGGUUGUAGGAAGUGCCUACGAGGCCUGGCAAGGCCGUGGGAUGGUUUAUAGACGUGUUGGACGCUCGGCGAAGGCUCGGCGAAGACUUACAACAUAUCCACUGUUUCUUAUCUCUUUAAUACAAAAUUGUCAUCAAAAUCAACUUUAGGAUUCGGACCGAGACAUGUAUUACGUGGGAUGUCACAAACGCUUUUCCUACGGCUUCGAAUCCAACGGCGAAAGAUUUGAGAUCGACUUCGAAAACACGGUGCUCCGAAUCCGCAGCAGCUGCUACAUCACCAUCGCCAAGAUGAACAACAACAUUGCGCCCGGCAUGCCGGACAUAAUCUUCGGCGUCCCGAUGAUACGACAGUACUGUCAAGUAUACGACAUGGAGAAGGAGCGGCUCGGCUUCGCCGUCGCCAACCAUGCGGGCGGGAGGAGGGUUUUGGUCGGGUUGAUUAUGGCGUUGUAUGUCCUACUUAAAGAUCUGUAA